GUCGAGCUUUAUCCCGAGCGAAAUCACGUCGUAAUUUAGACUAUACUGAUGUGUUGGAAGAUCUGCAAGCCAAAGGAAUCUCAAUUCGUGUCGCCUCCCCCAAAUUGGUGAUGGAAGAAGCACCGGAAUCGUACAAGAAUGUUACCGAUGUGGUCAACACAUGUGAGUUUUUCCUGUCAUUCGGUGUGUGUGUGUGUUUGUGUGCUGGCUACCGCACAAAUACAGUGCGUUUGCAUCCGGGUUUCUGA